AUGGCAGGUCCAAUCCCACCACAGAACUGGAAAAUAUCGAAACUCUAUUCAAUCACUGCUGUAUUCUUCCUUUCCUACUUCUCCUAUCUUCUUGGCGUUUGGCAACACGACGGCGCCGCCACCUCUGGUCUUGGUGCAACCAUAACUUGUAUCUUGCCCCGAAACACCACAAACCCACAAUUAUCAACAAGAACCCCACUAGACUUCACCUCCCACCACUCAGCCGACGAAAGAGGCGCCACAACUUUCCCCGACGAAACCCUCAAGAAAUACCCACCUUGUUCUAUAAAAUACAGCGAAUACACCCCAUGUGAGGACCCCAAAAGGUCCUUGAAAUUCAGCAGGGAAAGAUUGAUAUACAGGGAAAGGCAUUGCCCGGAGAAGAAUAAAGUGUUGAAAUGUAGGAUUCCAGCGCCGUACGGUUACAAGAAUCCGUUCAAAUGGCCAGUGAGCAGGGAUCUUGUCUGGUACGCCAAUGUGCCACAUAAAGAAUUAACGGUCGAAAAAGCGGUGCAGAAUUGGAUUCGAUACGAGGAUGACCGGUUCAGAUUUCCCGGUGGUGGGACCAUGUUCCCUCAUGGCGCUGAUGCUUAUAUUGAUGAUAUCGGAAAGUUGAUUAAUCUGAAAAAUGGGUCUAUCAGGACCGCCAUUGAUACUGGCUGUGGGGUCGCAAGCUGGGGAGCUUAUCUUUUGUCACGUAAUAUUCUUCCAAUGUCGUUUGCACCAAGGGAUACCCAUGAAGCACAGGUGCAAUUUGCUUUGGAACGAGGAGUUCCGGCUUUGAUCGGCAUUAUGGCCUCCAAGAGGCUUCCAUACCCUUCUAGAGCUUUCGACAUGGCUCAUUGUUCGCGUUGCCUCAUUCCGUGGGGUCAAUAUGAUGGUCUGUAUUUGAUUGAAGUUGAUAGAAUUUUGAGGCCGGGUGGAUACUGGAUUCUCUCUGGUCCGCCAAUCCAAUGGAGGAAACACUGGAAAGGGUGGCGGAGAUCGAGGGAGGAUUUGAAUGCAGAACAAAUGCAGAUUGAGAAUGUAACAAAGAGCCUGUGCUGGAAAAAGUUGGUUGAGAAGGAUGACCUUGCUAUAUGGCAAAAACCAACCAAUCAUUUGCAUUGCAAAAAAGUGCAGAAGAAUUAUCUGCCGUUGUGCCCUGCCCAAGAUCCCGACAAGGCUUGGUACACAAAUUUGGAAACCUGUUUGACUCCCUUGCCUAACGUUUCUAACAAUCAAGAGGUUGCCGGUGGGGAACUGAAAAAAUGGCCAUGGAGAUUAAACGCGAUGCCGCCUAGGAUUAGUUUGGGGACUAUAAGUGGAGUCACUGCUGAAACUUUUCGGCAAGAUUCAAAACUAUGGAAGAGGAGACUGUCCUACUAUAAGACCAUUAAUAACCAACUUGAACAAGUGGGAAGGUAUCGGAAUCUCCUGGAUAUGAAUGCAUUCCUUGGUGGAUUUGCUGCAAGUUUGAUUAAAGACCCUGUUUGGGUCAUGAAUAUAGUCCCUGUUGAGGCUAAGAUCAACACGCUUGGGGUUAUCUAUGAACGAGGAUUGAUCGGAACAUACCAGAGCUGGUGUGAAGCAAUGUCUACGUACCCUAGAACGUACGAUCUAAUUCACGCUGAUUCAGUAUUCACUCUGUACAAGGAUAGAUGUGAAAUGGAAGAUAUUUUGUUAGAAAUGGAUAGGAUUUUACGACCGGAGGGAAGUUUGAUUAUCCGAGACGAUGUAGAUAUGUUGGUGAAAGUGAAGAGGAUUGCAGAAGUACUUAACUGGGAUAGCCAGAUUGUAGACCAUGAAAAUGGACCAUUAGAGAGGGAAAAGCUUCUGUUUGCAGUGAAAUUGUAUUGGACAACUCCAGCUUCUGCUAAUCAACAAGGAUCCAAAACUUCAUAG